AUGCAGUCCUCUAGUGCUGAUAAGGGCUUCUUCCAGAAGCCGCCUGUCCUCGUCAACCAGUUCCACGACGAUGUUCCCUAUCGCCGAUGCUUCCGGCUCUUCCUGCCCGCCGACAUAAGGGCUGAGACAGAGGCGGAAGUUGCUGCCCUCGGCCACGAGAUCCUCGCCGACCACGUCUUCGCAUGGAUCACCGACGCCGAACGCAACAAGCCCUACGUCAAAGGCAGCGGCCGUGACGUCUUUGGAAGACGUGCCGGGGAGCUCAUUACCACCGAAGGAUGGCGGGAACUCCAAAAUUUUGGCAUUGCCAAGGGGAUGGUGGCUUGUGGCUAUGACACUCCGUACGGGGCCUUUUCGCGACCUCUUCAGUUCCUUCGCACCCAUCUCUGGGUGCCUUGCUGCGCCAACGUAGGAUGCCCCUCGGCCAUGCAGGAUGGAGCGGCCAGCCUCCUCAGGAAGCACCUCACGACGCCUAGCCAUGCCUCGCAGCAGACACAGGAGCAGCGCCAGGUGCUGGAAGAUGCCUUUCGCCGACUCACAUCUCGAGAUCCGUGCUUCGCAUGGACCAGUGGCCAGUGGAUGACGGAGCGGGCCGGCGGGAGCGACGUGUCCCAGACGGAAACGAGGGCCGUCUACAAGCCCGGUGAGGGCGGCGGCCUUGCCUCGAAGCAGCAGAAGCUCCGCCUUGGUCCCUGGAGUAUCAACGGGUUCAAGUGGUUUUCGAGCGCCACCGACUGCCGCAUGGUUGUGCUGCUUGCCCAAACUUCCUCGGGCCUUUCCGCCUUCUUCGCCCCCUUGCACAAGCACGAUCCGUCGGCCACUACCAUGACCGGUUUGCCAAACCCCGACGGUGAAUGCCUAAACGGCAUGCAAAUCUCUCGACUAAAGAACAAGUUUGGGACCCAGUCACUCCCCACGGCGGAGCUGGUCCUCGAGGAUAUGCGCGGCUGGCUUCUUGGCCAGGAAGGCAGGGGCAUCCACGAGAUCAGCUCCGUCUUGAACUUGACCAGGAUCCACUCGGCCAUAGGAGCCGUGGGAAGCAUCGGCCGUGGCCUGGCCAUCGCAAGGGCGUACGCAAAGGUGCGUCAGGUCGGAAGCGGCAAGGGAGCAAGGACGAGUCUCGUCGACAGCUCUCUGCACAUGCGCACCCUGGCCAAGAUGACGGCCGAGUACCACGGCCUGAUGCUUCUCAGCUUCUUCGCCACUUAUGUCCUCGGCCUCACCGAGCACCCCUUGGAAGACGCACCUCCCACCCCUGCCCUGGCAGCCCUGACGCCCCGGGCCGAGCAGGCGGAGCCGCUCCUGCGUGUCUUGACCCAGCUCACAAAGGCCUAUGUCUGUAAGGCCUCGGUCCCCCUCAUGUUCGCCUGCAUGGAGUCGCUCGGCGGCGUCGGGUACCUCUGGAACGAGGAGCAAGAGUAUCUCAACGUUUCCAGGAUCUUCCGCGACCUGUGUGUCGGGCCCAUCUGGGAAGGGACAACGGAUGUUCUGUGCACGGAUUUCGUCCGGGCCAUCAAGCACCCCAAGGCCGGCGCCGACUCGCUGGCCGCGCUGGACGACGUCAUCACCAAGGCGACUGCCUUUCAAGGCAAGCAGGCAAGGCCGGCUGGCUGGCACCCUGCCCAGCGCUGGGCCGCUUGGAAGGAUCGCGUCGGCGGCACGUCGGCGGCCGACUUGAUGAGCGAGGCGAGGGAACUCGUAUGGGGAGUGUCUGAUACCCUGGUGUCUGUACUUUUGUAUGUCGACGCAGGCAGUGACGGGGACCCGGCGGCGGCGGACACUCUUCACCGCUUCCUCGAGGGCAGGAAUUGGAUGGAACGGCGGGCCAGAGGAAGCACGGAGGACGAGCUGAGAAGGGACCAGGCCAUUGUCUACGGCAUCGGUGAUUGCUCUGGCCCGAAGCUUUGA